AGCACAUAAAAUAUCAACGUCACAUAUCCAACUCGAAGUCGAGUCACACGUGGACCGUGGCGGGGCGUGUCUGAAGUCCUGUUUUACCAAAGCAUUCAGAGCAAGACUUGGAGAGGAGAGGUGACUUCACACGAACUUCACACGAAAGUUGCUUUUUAGGUAAGGAUGAAGUUACCUACCGAUGAUGUACAAAAUCCUGCUAGUGAUAAUCGCAGAGACGUUACCGUCAUUUCCGAGGUGCUCGCUGCUGCUUCAAGUCUGCAGCUCUGGGUGGAUCGGGCAGCGAGGGCUUACCGGCACAGCCUGAGCAGCAACAGCGCUAACAUACUUGGCGAUCAAUCAACGAGCUUGUUUUGCAUAGCAUCGGAGUCGACAUUAGCAAGUCAUGUUGUAAACGUUUUCUGGCUCGAGCCUGAGUGUCAACUAUGUUUGCGAUGUGUGGGGUUGAUUCGUUGUUUAGACCUUACCGACUGCUUCUUUUGUCGCUUGGCAAUACCGGAGCGUCAUGAUCGGAGGUACUAGAAGAAAUCAUGGCAUCCAUGGGCACUGACUUGAUCUCCUCAGGUUUGAUAAUAUUGCUAUUCCAGUGCCACAACUACCACACCUUGUAAUCCACUAAGAACCCCUACCGGUGUGUGGCAAGAAGAUCUGCUCAAGCGCUCAAGAAUUUGAACUAAGGCGAGUGCGUACUGCAAGGAAUUACAUGGCUCUUUGAGGCGUUGCUUUCAAGGGUGACUUACGAUAGACUUACACCGUCGAGCCCGGACAUGUUUGUGUUUGAAGCCCCAAAUAUAUGCUGUCAGACAAUUGUGUGGAGUGUUGAAGGGCUAAGUCUGACACAACUUCUUUGAUUAGUUCAAACGUAUCAUAGAGCCAAGCCUAGCUGAAGAAAUCCCAAAUGCGCUGUCUCGUCUCUUCAGAUUUCCGUUCCAUCUCUUUGCGUCUGCGCCAUCUUCCUCACCUCUGUCCUCGCUAUGCCUGCGACGAACAACCAGGCCAAUGGCACUGUAACCGAACCGGUCUCGUUUGCUCAGACUAGCUGCCAAAACCAUGGGGAAACGCUUACCGGCGGGCAAUAUGUGAAGAAAGGAUGCGAUCCCUCCAGAUCCAUCGGUUUCUUUUCGUCGCACAACUGCAAAAAUAGGGGAGGCAGCGCCUACUACUGCUUGAUCAACGGUGAAGGGUACUGUAUCUCAGGCCGCCCUUUGACUCAGGCGAACAUGGAGAACGGGGAGUGCUUCAAGUAGAUGUUGUAUGAAACUAUACAUUAGAUCUCAGAUAAUCGUAAAUUAUCAAAUGUUGAUGCUCUGCUCCCUCCUCCUUU